AAUAAAACGCAGGAAUCGCGGUUUCGGGGAAAUCAUCGCGGCUGUCGUCGACGAGUGUAGCUGCUAAAGUCAUGAGCUGACCGCUCGGACUGAGGCCCCAUCGAAUGUCUACUUGGGGUGAUAGAACAACCACCAUCACCACCAGAAAUCCUUCGAGGGCAGGCAACAUCAGCAGACAAACAGACGAGCAAACAACCUUACCAGUAACCAGGAGAUCGCGAGUUUUCGGGCUGCGUACACGAACGCGAGAUCACGAACGAAAAGAGGACACGCAGCUAGCUCUCGGCCAAGUCGGAAUGGAACGACUGUUAAACACGACUUGACCACGAACAAUUCGAGCAGGGGGCGGAAAAGAUUUCAUUGAUCAGUUCCAAUGGACCCCAGCGCAGUGAUAACCCAGGUGCAAAGGGACGAGGAGGCCCUGAGUACGUUCCCACCGCCGACGGUCGCCACGAAAGCCCCAAAACCCCGUAAGCGCGGCCUGCUCCACAGUCUGUUAUGUUGUUGGCGACGGAGACCGCACGGCGGCCUUGGCCGACACACAAACAGCGAUCAAAUAGACCAGGGUGCGCAUGACGCCCAACAGCACAAUCACGUCGGCGGGAACAGUGGACAAGCGGAUGGAUCAAACAAGCUGAGUCUACUGUCGACGCCUCGACCAGCGGACCAGGGCAAAAUAUGUUUAGUGAUUGACCUCGACGAAACGUUAGUGCAUUCGUCGUUCAAGCCAGUGAGCAAUCCUGACUUUGUUGUACCUGUUGAAAUUGAAGGAUCCGUACAUCAGGUGUACGUCUUGAAACGUCCAUAUGUUGACGAAUUCCUCGAGAAAGUAGGCUCGUUAUACGAAUGUGUUCUGUUUACUGCCUCGCUCUCAAAGUACGCGGAUCCCGUCGCUGAUCUUUUGGACAAAUGGGGAGUCUUCAGGGGACGUUUGUUCCGUGAGUCGUGCGCCUUCUACCGCGGUAACUACGUCAAAGAUCUGAAUCGCCUGGGCCGCGACGUUCAUCGAGUUGUGAUCAUUGACAACUCACCGGCGAGUUACAUGUUCCAUCCUGAUAACGCUAUGCCCGUCGUUUCGUGGUUCGAUGACAUGACCGACACAGAACUUCGGGACCUCAUCCCGUUCUUUGAAAAGAUGGCGACGUCGCAAGAUGUCUGCGGAGCUUUAAGGCAAUACCAGCAACAACAGCAGCAGCAGCAACAGCAACAACAGCAGCAGCAACCUCAGCAGCAGCAGCCGCAACAACAACAGCAACCCAUUCAGACUGCGCCCACGACACAAAAACCCAACGGAGCAACACCACCUCAAUAUUUUUAGGGCACAGAGCAAUAUUGAUUGGGCUGACGUGGAACGUGUUCGUGGGCGUCUUCUCAGCCGGACGUCCUCUGCCACGGCCCGGCCAAAAAGCGACGUACUAAUUUAAGAUCGAAUGACAGACCUGCAGUCGGUGCGUUGUUCCGAAACCAGCUGAGAGCUCGAACCAGUGGUCGAGUUCAAUGUCAGGAAGACUGACGGACGCAGAGUAAGCAAAGUUAUUUUCGCAUAAAAAAGCUUCUGCGAGGGUCCCGGCGGGGAUUUCUGGAUGGCCAUAUCGACUCUGCAUGGUCCGAGGGCGAUCGAGGUCCCGUUCGAUUGAUCGAAACGUUGUUAGAUGAUUGUUGGAUUUUCGAUGCGUAAGCAUAAGCAGACAGACGAAUGGAGAGGAUCGGCGAUGAGCCUCUUCUUUGUGAACACGAUCGACUUAUAAAUAUAUAUAAAUAUAAAUAGCAGUGAGGAAGUGGCGAAUUGUGUUUUUGAAGCUGUAAAGAAUCACAAGGAACAAAAAUCACACCCACACAAACGUUGCCACGAACAGAGAUCACAACGAAUUUCUCUAAAGCAGAGCCGCGAUCGGAAACUUUGUUUCGAAAAGUCAGGAGAAAAUCCACAGCGUUCGGAUACUCACCACGUGACCCAGAGCCUCACGAGAACAGUCCGAGCAGGAUUCCGAUUCGGGAAGAUAUCCGGAACAUGACAAAAUACAGAACAGGACAGGAACUUUUGCGGAAGCAGUCGACGACGGACACACUACAAACAUAUGUAAUGCUUGGGUACAUCCAAUCAUAAUUAUUAUUAUCAUUAUUACCAUUUAUAUUAUUAUUUUAUUCUAAAUGAAAAGUAAUAAAGCUCAUACUAAUUUUAUUAAAAA